CACUGCUCUCUCCGCCGGACCACAAUCCUACGCGUGUUUCCUCAUCUCGAUGAAGGACGCGCUUAUAACGCGAUAGCAGCAGCUGGAGGCGCUCGGAGCGGAGAAGCUGCUGCAGAACCAGAACCACAACCACAACCACAACCAGGACCACAACCAGACCCGGCCCAGGGAUCGGUGCCUCAUCUGGAGACAUUUCAUCCGCGGGUCCGAGAGAGAGAGAGGCAAAAAUCUGUUUCUGGCGAGCGCCUUUUUAAUUUUUUUAUUAUAUAUAAAUAUAUAUAUAAUACCAUAUCCCAUCGGAAGGGGGUUUUAAGAGCUGCUGUAUUUCCAAUACACCAUCAAAUAAGCUGCAAUAAGGAAUCAUGGGAAAGCAGAACAGCAAGCUGACUCCGGAGGUGAUGGAGGACCUGGUGAAGAACACGGAGUUCAACGAGCACGAGCUGAAGCAGUGGUACAAGGGCUUCCUGAAGGACUGCCCCACCGGCCGGCUGAACCUGGAGGAGUUCCAGCAGCUCUACGUCAAGUUCUUCCCGUACGGCGACGCCUCCAAGUUCGCCCAGCACGCCUUCAGGACCUUCGACAAGAACAGCGACGGCACCAUCGACUUCCGAGAGUUCAUCUGCGCCCUGUCCAUCACGUCCCGCGGCAGCUUCGAGCAGAAGCUCAACUGGGCCUUCAACAUGUACGACCUGGACGGCGACGGCAAGAUCACCCGGGUGGAGAUGCUGGAGAUAAUCGAGGCUAUCUACAAGAUGGUUGGCACGGUGAUCAUGAUGAAGAUGAACGAGGACGGCCUGACACCGGAGCAGCGGGUGGACAAGAUCUUCAGCAAAAUGGAUAAGAACAACGACGACCAGAUUUCGUUGGACGAGUUCAAGGAGGCGGCGAAGAGCGAUCCGUCCAUCGUGCUCCUGUUGCAGUGUGACAUGCAGAAGUGAGGCGCUCUUGCUCCUCCUCCUCCUCUUCCUCCUGCCACCCCCCCCACCCUCCACGCCUCGAUCAACACACUCUGGACAGCAGCACACGUUUUAUGUCUCAUUAGGUUCUCUGGCAUUUCCACGGGGGAAAAGAAAAAGAAAAAGAAAAAAAAAAGAUCUAAACACGACAACGCUUGGACUAUUUUUCAAUGGACUUGCUUCUUGUGGUCGUUUGCAUGAGAAUGUUAAAAAUGCAGACUCAUUUUGAACAUAGCUAUCAGAUAUCAUAGAUUUCUAUCUCCAGACCUGCCGGUGUGAUUCGUGCACAGUGAACCCUCCACAUCCUACGGAAGAGUAUUAGGGCCAGGCAGGGGAAAAAUAAAAAUAAUAUUUUAGGAGGAGGAAGAUUUUUUUUCACUAUGCACUUCGAGAAAAAAGUCGAAAUGUCGAGAAAAAAGUCGAAAUGUCGAGAAUAAUGUUGAAGUACAAUUUCAAGAAAAAAGUCGAAAUGUUGAGAAAAAAGUUGAAAUGUUGAGAAAAAAGGCGAAAUUUCGACUUUAUUCACGAAAUUUCAACUUUAUUUCGAGAAAAAAGCCAAAAUAUUGAGAAAAAAGUUGAAAUGUGAAGAAUAAUGUUGAAGUACAAUUUCGAAAAAAUUUUUGAGAAAAAAGUCAAAAUUUCGUGAAUAAAGUUGAAAUGUUGAGAAAAAAGGCGAAAUUUCGACUUUAUUCACAAAAUUUAAACUUUAUUUCGAGAAAAAAGCCAAAAUGUUGAGAAAAAAGUUGAAAUGUGAAGAAUAAUGUUGAAGUACAAUUUUGAGAAAAAUGUUUCGACUUUAUUCUUAAAAUUAUAUUUCAACAUUAAUCUCAACAUUUCAACUUUUUUCUCGAAAUUGUAUUUCAUCAUUCAUCUCGACAUUUCAACUUUUUUUCUCGAAGUGCACAAUAAGAAUAAAUCUUCCCCUCUCAAAUAUUCUUUCUUCUGCAUGGCCCUGAUACUCUUCCGUAACAUCCUCAUCCCACCUUAGCUUGUAUAUCGGUGGAGCGCCGCAGUAAACGACGUCCCUGCAGUACUUAGCACCCCCGGUGUUCCCUGCUGCGACCGCCGUGCGCUUCACGUAAUCGUAACCAAACAAUAAUUCCUAUGAUAAUUGUAACUGUCUCUACUAUCCAGACGUGGCGAGCUCUCGGAGACUCGGAAGGCUCCCGUCUGGCCACGGCGUGUCGGCGCCACGGGGCCCAGGAGAGUGGGUUUCUUUGCAUGCAUAUAUUAUGUGUCAGAAAAAAAAAGAAAGAAAAAAAAAGAUAUAAUCUCUAUCCUUUCGCAUCUUUAGGUGGCUAUAAAAGAAAAACCCUCACGCUGACUUCAUUGAGUAUUGUUGCAUGGGCUGUACAGUGUGUGGAUCAUCAGCUCACCUCCAGUAACGUGGGAGCAUUCGUCCCUCCAUUCGAAACACGUUCAUGUGUGACACCUCAGAGUUUUUGGGAAAGGUAAUCGUGUUGCAGGCGUCGGUUUAUCUCCAGGGACGAGCUUCUGCAUAAUCAUUGUAUUGUGUCUGGCGUCGGUGAGUAUUAGGGCCAUGCAGGAGAAAAAAUAUUUGAGAGGGGAAGAUUUUUUUUUAUUGUGGACUUCGAGAAAAAUAAUAUUUGUCUUAUUUCUAGUUAAAAUGUCUCAUUUUUAGUAAAAAAAUCCCAUUACACUUAAAACAAGACUCAUCACUGGAAAAAAACAACAAUUUUCACCUGUUUCAAAUAGAUUUUCCACUCAAAAUAAGUAGAAAAAUUUAGAAGAAAGAUUAGUAGAAAGAUUUUUUGUUUGUAAUGAGAAGAUAGAUCUUUCUCACUGGCAGAUUUUUCUACUUAUUUCAAGUGAAAAUUUACUUGAAACAGGUGAAAAUUGUCAAAUAAGUUAUUUUUCUGGUAAUGUAUCUUGUUUUAAGUGUAAUUAGAUUUUUUUUUACUAAAAAUGAGACAUUUUAACUUGAAAUAAGACAAAUAUUCCUGGUAAGAUUUUGAGUUUUUGCUGUGGGUGAACUCGGUAGGAGCUGAGAAAAAAGUGGAAAUUUCGAGCUUAAUGUUGAAAUACAAUUUCAAGAAUAAAGUCGAAAUUUCGUGAAUAAAGUCGAAAUUUCGAGAAUAAAGUUGAAAUACAUUUCCACUUUUUUCUCGAAAUUGUACUUCAACAUUAUUCUUCACAUUUCACUUUUUUUCGACAUUUCGACUUUUUUCUCGAAGUGCAUAAUGAAAAAAAAUCUUCCUCCUCUAAAAUAUUAUUUUUAUUUUUCUCCUGCCUGGCCCUACUACUCUUCCGUACCUCUGGGAUGAAGGACCAUUGUUCCCUUCUGAUCGCGUUGUACCGCCGCCGCUUCAGAAAGUCCAACGCAGACGUCAUUCGGCAACCCCACCCCACCAAAAAAUUGGCUUCCCUUUUCAGGCUGCUUGUUUGAUUUUGACUUCCAAAAAAAAAGAAAAAAAAAACGUGAAAAAAAAAAAGGAUAACUAACUUUACUCAGUACAUAUCAACAUGUUUACAAAAAUGAAGAGCACUGCAAAAUGAGUACAGUCUUGGCUUUCGACCCGCGUCGCUGGGGGCGCGCUCCCGGGCCGACCUCGCGAGGGGGAGCUCCGUGGCCUCAUAUAUGUUUACUGGAAACACUGCAUUCCUUUGUGUAAAACUUUUUUGUAAAAGGAGAAACUUUUUAUUGAAAGGUCUCAUCUUCUCUAUUCUGUUUGCAGCAACCGUUAAAGAUGCGGGACGCCUCGGGAGAGGUGCUUGAGAAAAAUAAAAAAAAAGCUUUUGAAAGGGCGUUUGGCUGUGAGACGAUAGCGCGAGGCUCUUGCAGAAAUUCUCUUUCAACAGUUUGGACUCCCCGUUUGUUGGCUAUGCAAGCACGGACUGAGAGUUUGCUUGUGGUCCGCUCAUAGCAGCGGAAGUUGCGGAAGCUUUCCAUCGUUUCGUCUGUAACAUAACUGAAAACCAACCCUCACAUUGUAAGUGUCUGCAAUGCUUAAACAUCUCUGUCCAGUCACCAUGUCGGGUUAUUUUGUCUAGUAAAUGUUUAUAUCAAAUAUGAACGAAAAAAAAAAAAAAAAAAAAAUCAUCAUACAAGUGACUGUAUUCUUUUAUACAUGUGGCAUGUGUUGCACCCAAAAAAAGGAAAAAAAAAGAAAAGAAGAAAAAAAUUAUCUGUAGUGAUUAAAAUGAAUAAACCAUCAACGGGCUUUUUC